UGGAAGUUGUCGUACUGCAACUGGCUCGAAGCACACGACUCGUACACGAAAUCUGCGGAGCAUCUAUCCUGCGUUCCGGCGAGCAAAUUUACUCACCGUCAAACCGAAAUCGCGAGAUCACAUCUCACCAAGAGGGCAAUCUAUGGCCGCCGCCGAACUAGUCGCUGCUGAACUCGUCGAUUUCCUCAACGCAUCUCCCACAGCUUUCCAUGCUGUCGAUGAGGCGAAGAGGCGCUUGAAGAAGGUUGGUUUCGAGCAGGUUUCGGAAAGAGAUGACUGGAAUCUGGAACUUGGAAAGAAGUACUUCUUCACGAGGAAUCAUUCUACUAUCGUGGCCUUUGCAAUUGGCAAAAGAUAUGUUGCUGGAAAUGGAUUCCACAUUAUUGGAGCGCACACGGAUAGUCCUUGCCUCAAACUGAAGCCCACUUCAAAGGUAGCAAAAGGAGGAUAUCUGGAAGUUGGCGUGCAGACAUAUGGUGGUGGAUUGUGGCACACCUGGUUUGAUCGUGAUCUAACUGUUGCAGGUCGUCUAAUUGUAAAGGAAAUGAAAGAUGGUUCAGUUUCUUAUACUCAUAAGCUUAUCAGGAUUCAAGAGCCAAUCAUGCGGAUACCUACAUUGGCUAUUCAUCUUGAUAGGGGUGUUACGGAUGGAUUCAAAGUUAAUACACAGAGUCAUCUUGUCCCUGUGCUUGCAACAUCUGUUAAGGCUGAACUUCAGAAACUGGGGGUACAGAAUGGUCCCAUAGACGCCAAGUUCAAAACUGAUGGAGUAGAAUCACAUGAUAAGAAAAGUAUUGAUGACAGAAAACAUCACUCAGUUUUUCUCCAGUUAAUUGCUGACAAUGCUUGCUGUAAGCCGGACGAGAUUUGUGAUUUUGAGCUGCAACUUUGUGAUACUCAACCAAGUAUUAUAGGCGGUGUUCUGAAGGAAUUCAUAUUCUCAGGAAGGCUUGACAAUUUGUGCAUGUCAUUUUGUUCACUGAAGGCAUUGAUAGACUCAACAAGUUCUGAAAGUUCUCUGGAUGAAGAGAUUGGUGUUAGAAUGGUGGCACUGUUUGAUCAUGAGGAGGUUGGAUCGAACUCAGCUCAAGGAGCUGGUUCUCCUGUGAUGUUGGAUGCCUUGUCCAGAAUUACAAAUUCUUUCAACUCUUCAAACACCAAGUUAGUUGACAAAGCAAUCCAGCAAAGUUUCCUUGUCUCUGCAGACAUGGCGCAUGCCAUACAUCCCAACUAUAUGGACAAACAUGAGGAUAAUCAUCAACCUAAGUUGCACGGUGGGCUUGUGAUAAAGCACAAUGCUAAUCAGAGAUAUGCGACGAAUGCCAUCACAUCAUUUAUAUUUAGAGAGAUUGCUGAAAAACAUGAUUUGCCCAUUCAGGAUUUCGUGGUCCGGAAUGACAUGCCAUGUGGUUCUACCAUAGGCCCCAUACUUGCAAGUGGCGUUGGAAUCAGGACCGUUGAUGUUGGUGCACCUCAACUAUCAAUGCAUAGCAUAAGAGAGAUGUGUGCGGUGGAUGAUGCAAAGCACUCCUACGAGCAUUUCAAGGCCUUCCUCAAUGAGUUCACUCUACUUGAUUCACGGAUUAAAGUGGAUUUCUAGCUUCUCAUUUUCCUAUGUCAAUAGGAUACUUGCUAAUGAUUUCUUUAAAUAUAUAGACUUUUGGUUGAAUGUACAACAAGAAAGAAGGUUUGUUAGUGUUACAAUGAUUUAAGGAUUUUACUUGAACAGAAAUGUCUUUUGCCGUUGAACUGAAGGAUUUGUUGCAUUUCAUAAUGGGUAUUUUGAUUAUGCUA